AUGACUCUUCUUUCGUGUGCCGAGGGCCAGACCCUGUCACAGGACGGCCUCCGGUGUGAAAAGGCGAAAUAUCAGGAUUUCUACGACGUUACCCAGAUGAUCACGGGGCUUGUGCUAUAUCCGACCACAUGCGCCCUCGGAAUGGUUGGGAAUUUGCUUUGUCUUAUUGUCUUCAGUCGGCGUAACAUGAGGUCUUCGACUAAUAUUUAUUUGCAGGCACUGGCCGUAGCCGAUAUGAUCAAGCUUUUCACAGACUUUCUCUAUUUCAUAGUCGUCCUUCUGUUAAGGGUAGAACAAAGAGAAGGCAUCAAAUUGCACGGAUAUCUCUACCCUUAUGCUCACUAUCUGUUCAACAUGUCGUUAUGCAUUUCAGCAUGGCUCACUGUCUGCGUCUCUGUGGAACGUUUCAUAUUCAUAUGCCAACCAUCGCGAGUCAAGCGAUUCUGCACGGUGUCUCGGGCUAUUAAGGUGAGUACGAGCACAUUUAUUCUUGGUAUCGCCGUUUCUUUUCCUUACAUGUUGCGCUAUCGGACGAAUUCCGCUGUUGUCAACGGGACAAUUGAAGUAUAUGGGGUAAAUGUGACGGCACUGUGGAGCAAGGACUUGUUCGCCACUGCAUAUACCUGGGCACAUGCAUUACUUAGAUCGGCUAUACCGCUGUUACUCUUAGCCUGUCUGAACAUUUCAAUUUGGAGAGGUUUAAAACGUCCAAGCAGCAUUCAGAAAAAUGCCCGCUUGAAAUACAAGGCCACAUUAACUCUCAUCUAUGUAGUCGUUGUGUUCUUUGUAUGCGUCACUCCCGACGCUAUACUAAGUACAGUGCUCGGCUUUGGCUAUUACGAAGAAAACAAUUUCGCCCGAGGCAUUCGGGAGAUAUCUGACUAUUUGUUGCAAGUGAACUCGGCGGUCAAUUUUGUUAUCUAUUAUUUUUCUUGUACGGCAUUUCGCAACUCUAUCAGCUCCAUGUGCACACGUGGUUAUGCCUACGAGCCGACAAGACAAUCUCCGAUCAUCAAUGAAAACACGUGUAGCCAGUUGGCUUCAUCAACAAGACAUCUAGACCUUUCCUAUAGGACUAGUAACGGCGCGGCAAACCACCAUGGAUUUACAUUUGCAAUUGAUGAACGCCUCUGA